AUGGCACCACCCAAAAAGUCGCGUAAACUCAAGGAAAAUAAGAAUCAGGCAAUUCUCGAUGAAGUGAAAAAAGAGUUGGAGGAACAUGUUGAAGCUUGUAAGUUGUUUUAUAAUGUUUUUCAUUGUUUAGGUUUUCUGUUAACGAGCUUUGGCAGCAGUUUACGUUAUUAGUUCAACAUACAAAUGAUACUGUCUUUUUUUAGGGAACGAAAAGGAAAAGAAGUUGGUUGAAAGAACGAAGAUGAUCAUAUUUGAGAAUAUACAGGAUGUCGUCAAAGUAAUGUUCCAGAAUAGGAACGACGGUCAUCUUACAGUACAGGAAUUUUUGGAAAAGGCCGAGUAAGUUUUGGAAUUAUUUUACAAAUGUAAUAUGGUUUUUUAUGACUUGUAUUUAGUUUAAACUCUUUGAGAUUAAGAAUAAUGGAUUUUACAAGAAAUUUUCAUUUACCGUUCAAAUUUUCACUUACAAAGCUAUCAUUGACAUUUUACAGAAAUCCCAUGGAGAGAAUCAUGGAAUUAGAGAACGACGAUCCUGACCUUGACAACAUAGACGUUAUACCAGCAUCACAAAGUGACGAUGUCUCUGUUGGCGAUACCACAAUGAUGGUUAUUGAAUCUUUGAUGGAGAAAGCUGCUAAACGUGGACCUGGAUAUAACCAGAAGCUACAGAAGGUCAUGGAGGAGAUGCGAAACAAAAAAUAA